AUGGAGUCUCUGAAGCUGGAUGUCAAAACUCUGCAGCGACAAAGAGAAGAAGACCGUAAGGAAUUCUCGGAUUUCUCCAAGCAAGCUAACACCAACUUCAUGGUCAUGCAAGGUUACUUCACAAACAUGCAAGCUAGCCACCUGGAUAAGCUCAUCUCUGCAAUAGUUACUGAGCCAAGAACAUAUGAGGAACACACUCCUCCUGGAAGUAUCCGAUUUGGGGAUUUACCUGCAACACCUACUCAGGGUGCAGUGAACAAAGAAGUGCCUAAUUCAUCCCCAGGGCAGGGCAAUGUCAACAUUGCAGAGAAACCAGAUCUCGCCUAG